GAGGAUGCUGAGGUCUGCCGACAAUUUAAAGCGGUUCUCAACAAGAGUAAGAGAAUUCUUUGGGAAUCAUGGAUGUAAGGUUAGGUUCUUUAUGACUUGGAUUUCUUCUUUGAAGUCGUUUGGUGAUAGAGAGUUUUUUGCUGUUGAGAGUUUGUUCAGGUCUCAUCCAGAUGCUUGUUUGGUUAUUGUUUCUAAUUCCAUGGAUUCUGAAAGUGGGAGUCUUGUUUUAAAGCCAUUUUUGGAUAAACGAUUUAAACUGAUUGCUAUUAAGCCUGAUUUUGAUUAUUUAUUCAAGGAUACUCAUGCUGAGAAAUGGUUUAAAGGGUUGAAGAAAGGGAAUGUUAGCCCAGGAGAAGUUUCUUUGGGUCAAAACAUGUCUAAUUUGCUUAGGCUUGCUUUGUUGUACAAGUUUGGUGGUAUUUAUAUGGACACUGAUGUGAUAGUGUUGAAGAGAUUUACCAGAUUGAGAAAUGUUAUAGGGGCACAAACUAUUGAUCUUGAAACUAGGAAUUGGAGCAGGUUGAAUAAUGCUGUGUUGAUUUUUGAUAAGAAGCAUCCAUUACUCUUCAAAUUCAUCGAAGAAUUUGCACUCACAUUUGAUGGAAGCAAGUGGGGUCACAAUGGUCCUUAUCUGGUUUCAAGAGUUGUUUCGAGAGUCAAUGGAAGGCCUGAGUUUAACUUCACCGUACUGCCUCCUCCUGCAUUUUAUCCGGUGGAUUGGAGUCGAAUUAGAAGUUUCUUUAGAGGGCCUAGAGAUAAGGUCCACUCUACAUGGUUGCAUAAAAAACUCGAGCAGAUUAAAAGUGAAAGUUUUGCAGUUCACUUAUGGAACAAGCAGAGCAGGGAGAUUAAAGUGGAAAGUGGAAGCAUAAUCAAUUAUAUAAUGUUGGAUUGUUGUGUAUUCUGCAAUUCUUCCAGCUCGAGUUUGUAAAUUAUCAUAGAAAAAAAUGAUGAAAGUUGAAGUGUUGAAGAUUUCUUUCUUGCUGUGGUUCUGGACUAACUCAAUCCAUUCCACCAUUACAGUGUUGAUGAAGUUUGAAGAAAGAACCCAACGGGUUUUUUCUUAUUAUUUAUUUGAUGUGUAUCUUGUUGCAAGAUAUGAAAAUGGAACCUAAUAAGAACCUUCUGUAUCUACUGCGAUUUUCAGCCGCCUUGCAUUUAUGAUAAGGUGCAGAAAUAGCUUCAUUAAUGUUAUUUUCUUCUUUAAUAAAUAGUUUUGGUUUGUUGACCUGGUA